AAGAACUGCGGGUGGGAGGAGUCUCUCGGGGCCCCGGGCGGGGUGGAACCCUGCUGGGGACCGGACAGCCGUGCACCCCUGCUUCUGGGGCGGGGCGGUGAGCUCCGGGGCGUCUCGCAGGGUUCGCUGUCUUCUCACCUGGAGGCAAAACUCCGGCACAGUCAGCACGUGAGAGGGGAGGAUGAGUUCGAGCUGUGACACUGAGGCCGGGGCCCGGACGGUGGCCGCGAGGGCCGGGGGCGCCGCGCCGCCCCCGCGUGAUGGGCUUUUGGUAGUGAAAGUGGAGGAAGACUCGCUCGGGGAGUCCGCCCCGUCCAGGGACUGUCAGCAUCCCGAAACUUCUCGACAGCGUUUUAGGCAGUUCCGUUACCAGGAGGCGGCCGGACCCGAAGAGGCGCUGAACCGGCUCAGGGACCUUUGUCGUCGGUGGCUGAGGCCUGAGAUGCGCUCGAAGGAGCAGAUCCUGGAGCUGCUGGUGCUGGAGCAGUUCCUGACCAUCCUGCCCCCGGAGCUCCAGGCGUGGGUGCGGAAGCAGUGCCCGGAGAGCGGGGAGGAGGCGGCGGCCGCCGUGCGGGCCCUGCAGGGAGCGCUUGAUGGGACCUCACCCCAGGGGUUGGUGACGGUCGAGGAUGUGGCUGUGUCUCUAACCUGGGAGGAAUGGGAGCGUCUAGACCCAGCUCAGAGGGACUUCCACAGGGAGAGCGCACCGAAGGAUUAUGGGGACACGGUCUCGCCGAGUUUGGAAACUAGACCUGAGAACAAAGAGUUGAUUCCAAAGCAAGAAAUUCUAGAAGAAGUAGAGCCACAGGGGAAACCACGAGGUUCCCAGGAGAAGGCUCCCCUGCUUUCCGAGUGUGGUGACACCCCCGAGGACAGGGUAGGAAAGCAGUCAGGAGACCCCUCAUCGCUGAAACUCGAAAACUCUCCCGAAGAGCAAGGACUCACCAGCACCUCAGAUCUCAAGAAUGGUCCCACAGAAGAGGGAGACUCCAGAUUGAAUGAAUUUGGGAAGAGUGCCGCAAGAUCAGACUUUGUUCGUUGUCCGCGUGUCCAGGCAGCAGAGAGGCCUGUUAAUGGGGACAAACGUGGGAACAGCUGCAGACAGAGUUUAGACAGUGUGAAACAUAGAGUAGGGAGACCUCACAAGUCUACUGACAGUGAGAAAAAUUUCCAUAGUUCGGGCCUUUUUAAGACCCAGAGGUGGUUCCGGGAAGAAAGACCUUAUCAGUGUGAUAACUGCGGGAAGAGUUUCAAACAGCGUUCGGACCUCUUUAAACACCAGAGGAUCCACACUGGGGAGAAACCCUACAAAUGCCAGGACUGUGGGAAGAGCUUCCGUCAGAGUGCUGCCCUGAUUAAACACCAGAGGACACAUACCGGGGAAAAGCCGUACACGUGUCCCAAAUGUGGGGAUAGCUUCAGGCAGAGCUCACAUCUCAACCGGCACCAGAGAAUCCACAUAGCAGAGAGGCGCUAUCAGUGUAACGAGUGUGGGGAAACCUGCCCUAUUUCCAGCCGUUUUAGACAUCAGAGAAUCCAUAGAGGGGAGAGACCCUACACGUGUGAAGAAUGUGAGAAGAGCUUCAAACGGUGCUCUGACCUCUCAAAGCAUCAGAGAAUCCACACUGGGGAGAAGCCUUAUGGCUGUUCUGUGUGUGGGAAGCGCUUCAGUCAGAGCGCGACCCUCAUUACACACCAGAGGACUCACACUGGGGAAAAGCCUUACAAAUGUCUUGAAUGUGGGGAGAGCUUUAGACAGAGUCCACACCUUAUCCGACACCAAAGAAUCCAUAGAAAUAAAGUCCCAUCGUUUUAACGUC